GGCAUACGCAGCAAUUCAACCUCGUUGUACGUCCGCCAGCAACCAAGAGUAGCGCUAGUCUCAACCACUGGCACCGAAAAGAAUCGCAAGCCGAUCGACCCGCCUCCUUUUGUAGAGCUUCAAGUGGAGAGACGCGUAGACCCAUCGCAACAUUUUCUCAAUAAUCCCUACAUUUUUUCGACUGUAACCCUCUACAAGGCGGACGUAGACCAAGACUACGACGACACACCUGGCAAGUCGCUAGCAGGAACUUUCGUCUCGUCUGCCAACCGAUUGAAAAAUGAGGUCAACAUCGAUGGCUGUUACUUCGUGUUCGGAGAUAUUUCUGUUAAGGUUGUCGGCACUUACCGCUUGAAAUUCUCCGUAUAUGAAAUGAGGAAGGAUGGACAAGGAGUAGUAGUGUACCUUGGCGCGGUCAUUUCAGACAAAUUCCAAGUCCAGACACAGAAAGAUUUCCAAGGAUUGUCAGAAUCGAAUUAUCUCACCAAAUCUUUCCACGAGCAAGGCAUGCAUUUGAGGAUUCGAAAGGAACCACGAACGACGCUA